AAGAUACACCACAUCAAACAGCUGUAAAACAAUGUAGCAGUGGCAGGGCUGGGAAGUGGCCGGGGUGGUUGUGUUACAGAAACUGGCAUUUAACAGUACUUGUCUCAGGAGCUGCUUGAACUGAAAUGGAUCGUUUUUCUUCAUUCUUUCUCAGACAAGCAAGGCUGUUAAAAUUGUUCAAGCAAUGAUGCCCCGUUCAAAUCUGCCAUACACUUGCAGUCUAAGUUCUCUUGUUUCCUCCAAGUUUAAGUUCUCAUGUUUUAUAUAAGUUCUCUUGUCCUUUUCCCCCCACCGGUUAAGCAAGAUUGCUUUGGGAUAAUGUCCUGUGUCUGUAGCAUGAUAUUAUUGCUGUAGCACAAUAGUAGGGCAUUAUGGGGUGACCUACUCUUCAUGCAGUGGCAAUUAAGUUAAUGAAAGGUAUUAUUUUGCCCCUUGUACAGUCAUCUAAAAGGUUAAGUUCUUAAUAGGGAUGUACCAAAGAGCUUUCUGGCUUGUGUUUGCUCAGAGCAACAGGACUACUUUUCUGGGUGAAUAUUGUGGGUUUUUUCUUUGUAAUAACACUCAUUUUAAUGAGAUCACUUACUAUUUCUAAAAGAGCAGGUAAAAGAUGAAGAAAAACAGAGAUUCUUCUACUGCGCUUCUUUUCUGAUAGAUCUUUGAUGAUUUAGCUGGAAUAUUGAUUCUGUGAUAGGCAUUCAUUAUCUGCUUAGAAACAAUCUCAAAAAGAAAGUAGACUGUCAACUCCACUAUAUGGCUAGGUCUCAAUGAAAUAAGUUGCCUGUAGAAAAGCAUUGUUACAGACAUUGUUAUCUCCUCAAACAAGGCAAAUCUUGUAGAGAGUUGUGCAGUGCAAAAUUGAAACACUGACUUCGAUUUCAUGCCUUGCACAUUGCCACUUUAGCGAGUAUGAGAUCACUGUGAUGCUCACACUGGUUUGUGUUGCAGAAUGGCUAAUUAAAGGGCUUUUGUGGAGCUCUUGAUAGAAAAUACAUGAUCUUUGACAGAUUAUAUUCCUGUCAAAGAAGACCUAGAACAUUAUACAGUAACAGUUCUCUUUUUGUUAAGUACAAUAUUUUGAAGAUGGAGAUGACAUAUGAAUCUCUCCUGGCAGUGUCUGAUAUUUCUAAAACUUCACUUCCUUCCCUGAGGUGAAUAUUCCAAUACUGCUUUUACCAGCCUUUGUUCCUUGUACUGUUCAAGUAGACAUCAUCCAUUUCUUCCACUUCAGUUGUUAAGUCCCUAGUUAUGCCUGAAGGGAAUGUUUAAAAAGAAAAUUUCUCUAUAACUGGCUGGUCUGCAGGAAUCAAGUAUCUUUCAAAGCUGUGGUUUUUGGUUUUUUGUGUGUUUUUUAUUUUAUUUUAUUUUUGCUUGCAGACUGAAGAAUAUUUUUUUAUGGGAACAAAAUUCAGGCAGCUUAGCUUUGCUAGUGUUGAAUCUGACAGCCAACAAACAACCCUAUGCACUGACAGUGACUUCAACUCAGCUGCUGGUCAUUAAUAAAUGAGCCAGCAUUGCUGCAUGCUCUUCAUGAGACUGUAUAUUACCUGAUGAUCCUUAACUGUUUUUAAAGUACUCAUUAGUCUGUUUUUCUCUUGUGGAUAAUAGCCAUUUUUUAAGAUGUCCUAAGAUGAAUACUGAUAUAUAUUGACACUUAGUCUGCAAGUGCACCUCUUUAUUUGAUAAGCUAAUAUUAAGGACAGCUGCUGUUUGGACAUUUCUCAUAUACCUUACCUUUGGGAAACCCAGUCAUCUGCUAGGCAUUUGGAUUUCAAUCCAGCCAAAAGGUUCAUAAGAUUCCUUGAUUUGAUUUCCCUUUUCUGGCAUUAUCAAGGUCAGCUCUUGGCUUCUGUGUGAUACCAAAUGCUGGCAGACCACAGUGAAGUGACUCUUACCUCUUCAGGAAGCAAAUGUGAAUCAUCUUGCAGUGUCAGGUGGCUGAAUGGAUCAAGCUUAAAAAUUUUGAUCUGUUCUAGGAGGAUGUGCCUUCUAAAACAUGUUAAAACCAAUUUAAUUUGAAGCUAAGUUUUUAUGUGAGCAGGUAAAAAUUGUUAUUGAAAUUAUUAUUGUAACUGCCUUUGAGCAGAGAAGGUGCCUAGGGAGUUACCCUGUGACUGUUGAUUUUGACAAUGUCCCUUUGAAAGCAUUGGCACAGGAUUCUUGCCCUGCUCUGGCUGCCUGCAGACUCUCUCUGAAAGCAUCUAGAUGUGCCCUCCUUUUGGAUAUAUCCUGUAACAUUAGGCAGCCUAUUUGGAGUCAACUCUUCUCCAAAUAAAGGAACCUGUUAAUGUCUUGGAGUGUCCGUGGUAAGCCAUGGUGAUGCUGCGUGGUUGGUGCAGGACUCUGGCAGAGCAGCUCACGACUGACAGCUGCUGGUGGACAAGGGAUCUGCCUGGAGAGCUCCCCAGACUGCAGGCAAGCUUUGAAGAGACAGUGGGAACUGGCAGGAGGCAAGCAGAAGAACUGACUGAAUAGGUCAACUACCUUUUUUAUUUAGUGAGGUGCUACUUUGUGACUCUUGUUUUACAUAGGCCAGUUCUGAGGUCUGGGUGAAUUAGAUGCAAUUCUCUGAAUUGGAACUGCAUUGAGUACCCUAAAAGAUCACAUAGUCGGAAGAUGAGUAGAGCUGUGGUGCUAAACAAAAGCAAAGAAAUUAGAAAGAGAGACCCUUCCCAGGAAUGCUUUUCUUGGGAGGCUGACGUAAUGUGAAACAGUUUUAAGGGUGACGAAGAGGUUGGAUAUGACUUCAGGGUGCAGACCUUAAGGGCAUCAUCUACUAUUUGGAACUAAGCAACAAGUAGUAGUGAGUAACUGGAAGGAAUAAUUGCAAUCCUGAUAACUGCUUAGAGGAGUAGCUGUAAUCUCCAGUUACACAUAGAGCAAUUGCCCAACAGUUAUCAUGGCCUGUGAGUUCUCAAAGAUCUGGAAAUCCAGAUGGAUUCUUUCCUUCUCCUAGAGUAAGGAAACAUGAGGCUUAGAGUAGCAACUGUGAACAGCGAAUCCCAACAGAAAAACCAUAUGUGAAAGCUGCUACUCGCCUGGCUGUGUAUCUGCUUCCCUUGACAGUAUCAGUAAACAUUUGCAGAGGCUCUAGAGACUCUUCCAUCGCUUGUGUUUGAUAAUCAUCUGAUAUGCUAGCAGGCACCAUAUUUCCAUUUGGAGGCGAGUGCCUCCAGGAAAGGCAGAUCUUAAACACCACAGCUGCUGACACUUUUUCUCCCUUCCACAUGGGUGGCUCAUCAAAGAAAGCCCAGAGGGUUUAUUUUUAAAUCUAGAUGGUAUAGUGCUACAUGUUGGAGGUAGAACAAUAAGGUCCAGGCUACCUGGUAGAAUUCCUUCCUCCCUUGUUUCCCUCUCUUUCAGAAAUAGAACUGUUAAGCUUCUCUCACACCCUCAAAGCACUAUCCCCAACCUGUUGCUAGGACCUCAGACUCCCUUUUUGUCUGCAUGUUAGGUAGCUGGAGAGGCACUCGACUGCUUUCUGUACCAGUAUCAUUUGGCAUCAAGAGAUGCAAGCCCAGGAUUUUUAGUUUGCACCUUUGCCUAAGUACUUGCAGUUUUGCUUCAGUGAGAAAUGGAAUUCUCUGGUUUGUUUAUUAGCUUCUGACUAGGUUUACAUAGAGGAGUUCUCAUGGGCAGUCCCAUCAGUCCCUGUGGAGAUGAACCCCUGCCCUUCUCCUCAACCACUCCCUCAAACCCCACAUUUCAAAUUUGUUAGGUACUGGGGGGCAAAAAUGUUUCUAAUACUCCUUUAACAUGAGCAGUGAAAUGUUUAAAAGUUCUUCCGUAUGUCUGUUAGAGGCUUGUCUUUGUCCCUAAAGAUAAAGAUAAAUUCCUUCAUUCCCCAACCCAAAUGAAGGAAUUUCAAAGGAGAUAAAAUCUUGAACAGUAUGCGAAAUAGCAUAUUGAUUAUCUGAGGUGUGUAUGGAAAAUCCUACAGCAAGAAUUCCUUAGUGUUGACUGUGUAAAUACCUUUAAAUAUGUUUAAAGCCUAUCCUUCAAGGAGCCAGUAGAUGACAGGCACUCUGCUGGGUGCCUAUGUGCAUGACCACCUUUAAAAAAACUCAUAGUAGUUUGUGAUCUGCCAAUGAGACUGACAUUUGUGAGAGACACAAGGAUUCAUCUCUUUCCAUCUGAACUUCCUGAUCUGGCCUGACCCGAGAUGAGGACACCACACCUCUCUGCCUGCACGAUCUCCUCCAGUCCAUUAGUAAACUAGUUUGAAAUGUAAUGGGAAGGAGGUCCAGAGCCAAGGUAAAUCUUUAACCUGAUGAUUCUCAUCGAUAGGAGUAAUCCAUUCACACAGAAGCAUCCCAAGUGCUAGAGAUGUGCUAUUUUUUAAUGCUGUCCUGUCAGAAAAUUAUUUAAUGCUGUAAGCUAUUUAUAAGCAUCAUUUAUAAUAAAUCCCACUGGCAGUGGCAGGCAUUUAACUUUUUAAUAAUUUGCAAAGUUUUCAUUAUUUGAGACAACUAAUGUAUCUGUAGCUUCUCAGUGUGUGUCUUUCAGUUUUAAUAGCUUAUGGAUCUAAAAUUAGCUUGGAUUUUUUUUUCCAGCAGAAUCCAGGGGUAUACCCAUGAGACAUAUUUCCGUGGCUAGCUGGCAUGUUGCAAUUCUGUGGACAAGACAAAAACCGCAAGGGUAUUCCAGAAAUGCCAUGAGCACCCUCAGAACUCUAGUCUGGAAGGCUCUGGCAAACCCUGAUGUUUUCCAGUGACAACUUUCAUUUGUAGCACCACUAAGACACACCACGAAGAAUGAAUUCACUUACAGGAGGUGCGUAAACCUCUUGCAGUCACCUUUUCUAGCAGUCAGAAAAGCGAUGUCCCAAUUUGUGACUUUGCUACUGCAGGUGGCUGGUCAGCACGUCCACCAGAGUGGUUCUGCUGGGCUCAACAGCACUGCACGACACACUCUGCGCUUUGGGCUCAUGUCCAAAGGCCCCAUGGUGGGGGUUCUAACCUGUACUUACAGCUGGCACUUGGCUCGUCCGGUGCCUGAUGGGGUGCUGGAGCAGCACACACAGCGCUGGCAGGGAGCAAAUUGCUGGUUCCAGAGGAACGAGACUGCCAGCAGUUGAGUGAGUCUUACUCGUAAAAUGGUCCUGAAAGGUGCUAUGGAAAAAACACAUUUAAAUGGAGGAAGGAAGCUGAGUCCUUGGAGUUGUUCAGCCCCUUUUUAUUGCUACAGAUGCUGCUGGCAGCCUCCUUCACUAGGAGACCUGUCUGAAUUGAUUGAGCUCAAUGAGUACCUUGGCAGGGGCCCAAAUACAACAAGGUUCAUGUUCAGACCUGGCACCCCACUGUGCCUUCAGAUGACCCAAAGGCCUUGUAGACCCUUCUACCUCCACAGUGGGCCACAGACACCUUUUCCCAGUGACCUUUGUAUAUAUUUGGUCCCUGCUGCUUGAAAGUAUUUUAAAACAGCAACUCUUCAGAAAAGUUCAUCUGCAGCAGUGGGGUUUGAGCAUGAAGGUAAGUGAAAAAAGACUGGGCUAUUUCACACUGUCACACACAUGCAGAAUAUGUAGAGGGAGGGUAGUAGUGCUGGAGGGUCAAACUUGAGUGUUGUACUCAAGUGUGUGGUGUGUUGGGGACUUGUGUGGCUGAUAGGGACUGUUUCAAGGCAACCUUUGGAACUGGGAAGCGUGCUGGACUGGUUGGGGUGAGCACUGGAUCACAAGUGAUGGGGUGUCUGAGGACCUGUUUAUUCCUGGCAUCCCUUGCCCUAGAAGUCAGCUCUGACAGUCACUAAAGCCAGUCCUAAUGGUGUGGGAAUCCCUUCUCUGUGCUAUCGAAUUCAAACUGGUACCUCAUGCACAUGAAUGGCACUCAUAGGGAAGGGAGCCCUGUGGAGAAGGAGUGUCCCAUUUCCAAAACCAGACUGCAGCCCCAGUGUUAUUUUCUCACAGUGUCAAGUUGGCAUGUGAGUUGAUAAAAAUCCCCCGGCUCACAUCCUUCCCAGAAGUGCCAGUCAAAACCCAAGCAGCUAUUUACCCAAAGUACCAAUUUUAUAGUUCCGUGUGUGUCUAUAAUCUAUUUACCAGCAUUCCUACUUCAGUAUGUGCCUGUUAAUAAGAUUAGUAAUUAAAAAGCUUGAUAGGAAUUGGCAAGCAUAGCUCCUCCGCCUCUCCCUCCCCUCCAAGCCGGACUGGCGUGGAGUGUGAGGCAGGGUUGGCAGAGUACCUGAGGGAGUGAAGGCAGGAAGGCUCUGCUGAAACCUCUGCCUACAAGCAGGCAAUGGAGAAAUCCCGGCCGCUAUGGGACAAUCCCCUGCAGUUUGUUUUUGCGUGCAUUUCCUAUGCCGUGGGACUGGGAAAUGUGUGGAGAUUUCCCUACUUAUGUCAGAUGUAUGGAGGAGGUGGCUUUUUGAUCCCAUACCUUAUCAUGCUGAUUGCCGAGGGGAUGCCACUGCUCUACUUGGAGCUGGCUGUGGGGCAGCGUAUGCGUCAGGGCAGCAUCGGCGCCUGGAAAAUGAUAAGCCCCUACCUUUGUGGUGUUGGUGUUGCCAGUGUUGUCGUCUCCUUCUUCCUCUCCAUGUACUACAACGUGAUAAACGCCUGGGCCUUCUGGUACCUUUUCCACUCCUUCCAGGACCCCCUGCCAUGGGCCACCUGCCCCCUCAACAGCAACCGCACUGGCUACGAGGAGGAGUGUGAGAGGACGUCAUCCACCCAGUACUUCUGGUACCGGCAGACCCUGAACAUCUCUCCAUCGCUGGAGGCCAGCGGGAGCGUGCAGUGGGAGCAGGCGCUCUGCCUGACACUGGCCUGGCUGGUGGUUUAUCUCUGCAUCCUCCGUGGCACCGCCUCCACUGGCAAGGUCGUCUAUGUGACAGCCUCUUUGCCAUACUGUGUUCUCAUCAUAUACCUCAUCAGAGGAUUAACACUUCAUGGAGCUGUGAACGGUCUUUUCUACAUGUUCACACCAAAGCUGGAGCAGCUGUCGAACCCCAAGGCGUGGAUCAGCGCUGCCACGCAGAUCUUCUUCUCGCUGGGCCUUGGCUUCGGCAGCCUCAUUGCCUUUGCCAGCUACAACGAGCCCAGCAACAACUGUGAGAGACAUGCCAUCAUUGUCUCGCUCAUCAACAGCACCACCUCCAUCUUUGCCAGCAUUGUGACCUUCUCCAUCUACGGCUUCAAGGCGACGUUUAACUAUGAGAGCUGUAUAAACAAGGUGAUCCUGCUGCUGCUGAACGCUUUUGACCUGGAGGAAGGCUCUUUGACAGCAGACAACCUCAGUGAGAAGAAAGACUACCUCAUGGCCACCUACCCACAGGAAUAUGCCCAAUUAGCGCCUCAGAUUAAAAACUGCAGCUUAGAAGCUGAGCUAGACACGGCUGUCCAGGGGACAGGACUGGCAUUUAUAGUCUAUUCUGAAGCGAUCAAAAACAUGGAGGUGCCCCAGCUGUACUCUGUGCUCUACUUCUUCAUGCUGCUGAUGCUGGGCAUUGGCAGCAUGCUGGGGAACACGGCCGCCAUCCUCACGCCGCUGACCGACAGCAGGGUCAUUGGCGCCCGCUUCCCCAAGGAGGUGAUCUCAGGUGUUGUGUGUUUCAUUAACUGUGUGAUUGGCCUGAUCUUCACCAUGGAGGCUGGAAAUUACUGGUUUGACAUAUUCAAUGACUAUGCAGCCACCCUCUCUCUGCUGCUCAUCGUGCUGGUCGAAACCAUCGCUGUGUGUUACAUCUAUGGGAUAAGAAGAUUUGAGAAAGAUCUUUACACCAUGAUUGGACGCAAGCCAAACUGGUAUUGGAAAAUUAUGUGGGCCUUUGUUAGUCCUCUGCUAAUUAUAAGCCUAUUUAUAUUUUACCUCACCGACUAUAUCCUCACAGGAACCUUCCAAUACCAAGCGUGGGAUGCCACACAGGGGCAGCUGGUGACGAAGGAUUACCCAGGCUACGCCCUCGCGGUGAUUGGGCUGCUGGUGGCAGCAUCCACCAUGUGCAUACCCCUGGGGGCACUAAUGACUUUUAUAAGGAAGAGACUGAAGAGGGAAAGAGUUUCAACAGUUGCAUGAAUGCUGACAGCUGGAUUUGGGAAGACCUUACCCCCGUCAUCAGUGACAGGGCACUUCUGGAAGACAGCAGCAACCAUUAUUUGUAGCAGCUAUUUAUAGAGUUGAGAAUGGUGGGUGCUAUAUUGACCAAAAAGUGCUCUUGGGAGGUUCCACAAUGGUUUGGGGAAAAAAAAGCUCUUCUGUAACAAGAUGAAGCUUUAAAAUAGCCUAUGUAUGACAGGGGGAAACCAGAAGAGCAGCUCACAAAAUGCUAGUUAGCACAAAUUAACCAGCACAUCAGCCCAUUACACCAUGUUAGGUAAUUCUUUUCCACUUUGUUGUAGCACUGCCUGUGUGGAAACAUGAGCAACCAACUAAGCAUGUUCCUGCACCAAAGUACCGGCAAAUAUCCUUUACCCAUUCAAGACAGCUGCACUUAAGAGUGCACUUUAUUUCAAAUGACAUCUGUAUUUCAUCAACAGAGGAAACUGUUGAAGUCUGCCACUGAGAAUGUGAUAAUCCCUUUCCUACAUGGGAGAAAUCAGUAGCAUGGUAUUGGGAGAUGAAUGUGGCCCACCUGGCUUCUUUUAUACUGGUGUUCAGCAAAGCAGUUUAUAUAUAUAUAUAUAUGCAAACACAUAUAUGAGUUGCACAAGUUCCUUCCCCCCGAGAAGUAAGCUUCCAAUUCCAGUACAUAACUGUGCACUAUGCUGUACUUUGUAUUUUCUAGGGAUGCACUUUAAGUACACUAGAAGGUAUCUGUGAUAAAGCUGCUUUAUGAGCCCCACCCAAACAAAAGUAUGCCAUAUAAUUAGCUUUGACAAAGUUCAUAUCCAGGUAUUCUUUAAUCAUCAGAUGUAACAAUCCAGCAGUUCCACUGACCUGGUUAAUUUCCCCAUGUAUAUGUUUUAUAAAGAAAGCAACAUGUUUAAAUUGUAAGUUUCAUGUAAUAGAAAACAUUAAAAUUAUAUCUAUGAACUUUAAAAAA